AUGCCAUCCCGCUGGCACCCACCAGGGUUCACCUCAUCUACACCAGGCUCAGCCGCUUCUUCUCGACCAUCAUCUAGAGCCUCUUCCCCUACCAGGAAUGGUCCAGCAUCGCGACCGUCUCACAUCACCUUACCCGGACGAAGACGUGAGGGAACAGUGGAUUCUGGUGAUCCCUUAUCAGACUAUUUCUCUGGGUCGUAUGGUAGUCAUUCAGGCUUAGAUACUCCCAGUUCAGCAUCUGGUCCAGCAUGGGGAGGGCUGAUCACGCCAAGUUCUUCGACACCCGGAUUGAUAACUCCCGGUGGAACUUCGCACGCCCCGCAUAUAGAGAUCAUACUCGAUUCAGAUCAUUUAGUCAUGCGAGGUGCAGGAGGUGACAUGAAUCCUGCUUAUCUGUCUGGAAGAGUGGAACUGGAUUUACCCCAUGCGAUCAAUCUGAAGGAGUUAACGAUGCACAUGACAGGGAAAGCAAAGGUUCAGUUCUCAGAUAGCUCAGGAACAUCCUCGAAAAAUCACCACUUCACCCAUGUCUUCACCACCCAUGAUUGGUCUUUCCUGCAAGGUGGGAAAGGUCACGCGCACACGCUCAAAGCAGGCCACCACUCCUUCCCAUUCUCUUUCAUGCUGAACGGUAACCUUCCCUCGACACUUCGUACAUACUCCAGCGACGCUAGCAUCGUGUACAAACUUCGCGCUACAGGGGUCAGGACCGGUUUCGCCAGUAACAUUUCUACUCAAAAGGAGUUCACCCUCGCUAGGAUGUAUACCUCGGACGCAUUGGAAUUCACUCAAACGCUGGAGAUUGAAAACACCUGGCCUGGUAAGGUCAUGUACUCGCUUACGUUACCAUACAAGGCUUAUGCGGCCGGCGAUGAGAUACCUGUCAAUGUCAAGUUCAUGCCUUUAGCUAAGGGAACUAGAGUCACGCAGGUGGUAUCGGUGUUGAAGGAAUACACCUUAGUACAUACGAGGCAUUCUUCUCGUCCCGAAACGAGGGUAUUGAGUUGUGUCAAGCACGAGAUGCGACAAGGUAGAGCUGUAGAGGUUGCUCGAGAACCCAUCAGACCACCAUCACACUGGUAUGAUCCCACCCCUGCUAAUCGAAGUCUUACAACCUCAAGACAGUCUAGUCCCGCUGAGACACCGGUGGUAGGCUCCCGAGCCAGAUUAGCACCUACGUGGGGUGAACGACCUGAAGAUUCUUAUUUCCCCGGUCCAGCUGCGGGUCCAAAUGGGGACGGUAGUAGUAAUAGGAACGCUCAAGCUGGACCAUCCAACUCUUCAACCCACGAAUCGAUCUCGACAGAAGAAACGGAUAUCGAAAUUGGAGAUGAUGAAAUCAACACUCACUUUUCCAUACCUAUCCCCGACUGGGUUACACCUUCCCAUGCUAUCCAUCCUGUAUUCAUCACGCACAAAAUCAAAUGGUCCUGCUCGAUAUCCAAUCCCGACGGACAUGUCUCAGAACUACGAUGUGCAUUGCCUAUCUUGAUAUUAGAUCAUAGUCUAUAUGACGAAGCGAGAGCCGCCGGAGCUAGUACCAGGGGAUUAUUAUUUGGACAAACCACUGAAGAACCUCAGGUGGAUCUACCAAGUUAUAGUAAUCACGUAUAUGAUCGUAUCGCAAUCGCAGAUUCGGGUACGACAUCUGGAUUUAUGCCCCGAUCAUUACAAGCUACACCUUUACCUUCACCUCAUGAUGAUACGCCGCCUAGUAGGAGUAGGCCACCUUCUCGACCCGCUUCGCCUACUAGACAUCAAAGUUACGGUACAGCCUCUACUUCUUCUCGGAGUGGCGAGCCGACCCCCGCUACGGAUGUCCCACCGAGGAGACAGUUGAGUCAAUGGGCAGAUAGCGAAUUGCUCAUGUCUCUAGGAGCACUACGAACCCACUCAAAUGAAACUUCGCCUAAUGCGACUCCACCAGACUCACGCGGACCUUCUAGACCAUUGAGCAGGAGGAACUCGUUCACCCGAUCGGGAAGAAGUAGUAGGACAGGAUCGAGAGCGAACUCCAGGGCGUCAUCGCCUGAGAGAGGUGGAGGAUAUAGUCAACCGGGUUCAAACUCUGGUAGUUACGCUGAAGAAUCAAAUGUCAGACCAGGUAGCGAAAGAAGGAAUACGGGUGGUUUACAUGGUUUGUUCCAUCUACAGAAGAAUAUUCGACCUUUGUCGCAUCUUAGUAGUGGUCGACCAAUCCUUAAAGGUUCCAAUACUAACAACGACAGUAACGGUAUACCGCGUAACGCAUCUUAUUCAGGUGGACUGAGCAGUUCUCACUCUUCGACCAAUGGUAAUGGACAUGGCAACGAACGGUCGCACGUAUCUUUCGCACCGCAUGCGAACGUCGUAUCGAACGGUCCACCUCGAUUUUCAAUUGGUGGUGCAGACGGUGAUGAAGAGGAAGAAGAGGAAGAAGAAGAUGUAGAUCCACUAUCUAGAGUACCUUCUUACGCUAUAGCUUCGAGAGGUUUCCUAGGUGGUGGAGUCGUUCCCUUGGAUGUCGCGUUACCCACGUACGACGCUUCGGAGGAUAUGCAAAGGACCAGAAGUGCGACGGAUCUGACGAAUAACAGUAGUGGAUUAAUCAGACCCAGAAGUGACACAGCGUUGGUGCAGCUUGGUGCUCAGGCAGCUGCUGAUGCAGAGGAAAGAGCGGGAGAGGAAAAUGCAGCGGCAUAG